GACCGUACAUGUUUGUAACCGGGUUUUGCUUCUCUUGCUUUCUCAAAGUAGUGGGUGGAAGGAGGGAGAGAAAGCAAAUCUCAAAACUUUUAAUAAUCAGAGCACAUACAUACUUUGAGCUUACUUUGCUAUUUUGGUUCUGUUACAUGUAUGUGGUUAGAUAUUGGUCUAAACUGAGUUUCUGCAAAACUUCCAGUUAAAUAUGGAAUACUUCUCUGGAAUUGUUGGUACUUUCCAUUGCUUUUGGUCUGUCCUUCUAAAGCUCUUUAUCUUGAGGGUGUCACUAGACCCUAAUCAAACUAUAGGACAGCACUCCUAAAAGGAAGCCCUUCAAAAGUACUGUACCUUUUUCAUAUUAAUGUUCAUUUUAAAGACUUGUGUAGGUGCCUCAACCCCUAAUCAAACACUCAGGUCUCAUCUCAAUUUUGUGUAAAGUUUGUGCGCAUCCCAGGCGUCCUUGCAGAGCAGGGCGUGGUUAGACCAAAGACAUCGGUUUUGUGGAGGGGGGGUGGAGGGGGAGGGAUGCCAGCAUUCUCCGGCCUCCCAGCUGCCGGCCCCGCCCUUCCUGCCUUGCACGUGCCCGCCCCUUGACGAAACUCACUGGGUGAGUGACCCGGAUGCACUCCAGGCGACUCCCGCCCCCUCUAACAUGGCGGACCUCAACCGGCAGCUGCAGGAAUACUUGGCCCAGUCAAAAGGCGCCAGCUCGGCGGAUACAGUCCCGCUGCUGCCCGCGGAAGAAAAGGAGGCGGCUGGGGCGGGGAGGACGUCCUCGGUGGGAGUCUGGCUGGGCCGAGCGAAUCCCUUCCCGGGCCGGGGCGGCCCGGGCUGGGCCUGGCUGCGGGGGCCGGCGCUGCCGCCUGACGAUCCGGAGCCGGGCCCAGGGCCGCCGUGCCUGCCGAGCCUGUCGCGCUGGCAGCGCCUGUCGGCGACCGGGGUGUGCCUGGUGUUGGCGGCGCUCUGCUUCGGGCUGGCCGCGCUCUACGCGCCGAUGCUGCUGCUUCGCGCCCGCAAGUUCGCCCUGCUCUGGUCGCUGGGCUCCGUGUUCGCGCUGGCGGCCUCUGCGCUGCUGCGGGGGGGCCCCGCCUGCCUGCGGCUGCUGCGCUGCGAGGAGCGGCCGUCGCGGACCGGGCUGCUCUACCUGGCGGCGCUGGGCGGCACGCUGUACGCGGCGCUGGGGCUGCGCAGCACGGCGCUCACGGCGCUCGGCGCCGCCUCGCAGGUGGCCGCGCUGCUGGCCGCGCUCUUCGGCCUGCUGCCCUGGGGCGGUGGCCCGGCCCUGCGCUACGCGCUCGGGGGCCUCUGCGGCGGCCUGGCACGGACCCUGCCAGUGUGAGCCGCCCGGCCUGCUGAGCGCGAACCCCGAGACUGAGGCGGGGCGGGGACGCCCGGGCCCGCGGACGUGACCCGGCGCUGGACCGCGGGCCU